AUGCAGUCAGCACCCUUGGAAGCAACGCCGCCGAUCGCCUCAGUGCUUUUCCAGCCACCAAGUCCACCGCCAUCAAAUGCGGCAAAUACCACUCCAUCGAAGUCACCUCGUCGACUCCAUACGGAUCCAGAGGGCGAACAUAGCAGCCAGGACUUGAGGUUGAAGGUGUUCAAGAGAAUCGUCGUUUGCUGUGAUGGCACCUGGCAGGACGGCAUCUCACAACAUCGCUCUCGCUACACCAACGUCCUCCGGCUGGCUAGGUCUAUUCACCAUGAGGACAAGCGGUUCCACCCUGCGAUCCCCCAAAUUGUGUUCUACCAGUCUGGUGUCGGUACCGAGAACAACUUUUACUCAGAAUACAUAGAAGGCACUACAGGAGGUUCUUUGGGUGUGUAG